AGUUGUAACAUUUUCACACGAGGUGGUUUCUCACGUACCCAGAGGUGCAGACAUUUUUCUUUCGUGUAAAGAACGAGAAAUUCGCAGCAGUCAUUUGAUCGUGCAGCUCGCGUGUGUGUACUUCUAAUGGACUUCGAUGCAGGAUUGAAGACAGCCAUUGGAUGGAAUCGUUGGAAUAUGGAACUAAUUGGCAUCUGGCCGGAACCGGGAAGAACUGACGAACGAUUGUCACAUUUCAAGGCUCUAUUUUAUUUGUCCAUAAUAACUAUAUUUGGAACUGGACCGCAGAGUGCCAACCUAUUUUUCAUAUGGGGGAAUCUUGAGUUGGUGACAGAAAAUCUGUCAACGGCUAAUAUUCCUGGUAUAAACGCGAUGAUAAAGCUGAUCUUCGCUUGGUACUACAAAGACUCUUUCAAACCUAUCAUGAAGUCUUUCUACGAUGACUGGCGCAGUACGAAGACGGAAGAAGGAAAGGCAGCGAUGCUGAAGAUGGCUAAACCUGCGAACUUUAUUUCCGUCUGGUGUUCGAUAUUAACUCUCACAAUGGUCACUGCAUAUUUAAGCCUUCGAUCUGUUAUCGUCUACUUUUCUGACAGAUUACAUGAAAAUCAGGAUCGUUUGACAUUGUAUCCUGGAUAUUUUCCCUAUAACAUUCGACCAGUACCGAUAUUGUUAUUGACCAAUUUUGCUCAAGUAAUUGCGGGAUAUUCAGCUACUAUUUGCUAUACCACUGUCGACACUUUUAUCGCUAUGUUAGUCCUGCAUAUAUGUGGACAAUUUGAAAUUUUAAGGAAGAAAUUAUCAAGAUUGAUGGACGACGAGAAAGGAAAUAGAAGCAUAGAUGAGUUUCAAAAGGAGUUGGUUUGGAUUAUUACCAAACACGAGCAUCUAAACUGGCUUGCAGAGACGAUCGAAAAAAGCUUUAGUACGCUAUUGUUGCUACAGAUGUUACUGUGUACCAUCGAAAUAUGCUUUCAAGGCUUCUCAUUCUUCAACGUAUUGUUAAAAAACGAAAAUGGAAUCUUCAACUUUCAACUGGUUUUCUUUGUCCUCUUCGUCUGCUUCAUCCUUGUACAUGUGUAUCUUUAUUGUUACAUAGGCGAGAUGCUUCUCAUUCAAAGUAGAGAAAUGAGCCAUUGCGCGUACGAAUCGAAUUGGUACAACGUCUCACCUUCUGAAACCAAAUGUCUUCUAUUCAUCAUGAACCGGUCCACUCGUCCACUUUGUUUGACUGCAGGCAAAUUUGGUAUCUUCUCUAUGGAACUGUUCAGUACCAUUCUAAAGACGGCGAUGGGAUACCUUUCGGUGCUACUAACAGUUUCGAAAGAAAAAAUGGACUUUGCGAUGGGAUGGAAUCGUUUCAACUUGACGUUGCUCGGUGUUUGGCCAGAACCGAGAAAAGUAUCAAGAGGAUCACGAUUACUUUCGGGUAUAAUAUUCUGGUUUACGACUAUUGUGACGUUUACUUUCAUCUGUGCACCACAAACAGCAAAUCUGGUAUUGAAAUCGACUAAUUUGGACGAAGUAAUCGAAAACUUAUCGAUUAAUAUACCGAUCGUCUUUGCAUUGAUUAAGCAGAUUGUUCUACGAUAUUAUAAGAAAGCCCUAACGCUAUUACUCAGCCAAAUGUUCGACGACUGGACCGAGCCAAUCGCAAAUCAAGAUCGUCAAACGAUGUUAAAGAACGCGCGAAUUAGUCGAAUGAUAUCCAUAGUCUGUUCCACUCUAACGUAUUUCAUGCUCUUCGCUUUUAUAUCGCUACAAAUUUGGAGUAAUAUGCAAAGUGCGUCAGAAGUCGAUUUAGGAGGACUCCUUCAUCCAGCCACGUUCCCUUACGACACCAGCAAAAGUCCAAAUUUCGAGAUUACAUGGCUGGGACAAUUUAUGGGCACGGUGUUAACCGCGAUAUGCUAUUCUUGCUUCGACACGUUCCUUGCGGUUCUUGUGUUACAUUUGUGCGGUCAAUUAACUGUUCUUAGAAUGGCUCUCGAGGAUCUAGCUAACACGAUGAAGAAGGAUAAUAAUUACGCAAGAUUCCAUGAACGACUGGGAUUCAUUGUGAACAGGCACAAUCUGUUAUUUAGGUUUGCCGUGAUCGUGGAAGAUUGCUUCAAUCUCACGUUACUUGUUCAGACUAUAAUCUGCACUGCGAUGUUUUGUCUUACUGGAUAUCGUAUGAUAACUUCCGUAGAUCAGGAGCAAGCGGACGUACCAAUAGUUGGAAUGAUAUUUUUCAUCAUACACGUAAUUUAUACUAUGCUGCAUCUUUUUAUUUAUUGUUAUAUAGGAGAAAUGCUUCUAGGAGAAAGUACCGGUGUCGGACAAUCAGCAUACGAGUGCGAUUGGUACGAUUUACCACCGAAGAACGCCAUUUCACUAAUUAUCGUAAUAUGUCGCGCGAAAGUAUCGUUUCAAAUAACAGCUGGAAAAUUCAGCCCCUUCUCCCUCGAGCUCUUUAAUGCUGUUCUAAAAACGUCUGCUGGAUAUCUUUCAGUAUUGUUAGCCAUGAAAGAUUGACUGGUCGAAGAAAAGUAACAUAAUCGUAUGGUUAAAAUAUAUUCGUUCUUGUAUAUGGAAAAAAAAAAAAAUAAAAAAACGCA